AUGCUUAUUGAUCACAAUAAGCUGUAUAAAGUAUCAAAUAAUCUUCCUAAAAUCUCGGAAAAAGCUGAAAAGAAGACAGUCAAAGCAAUUCUCGAGCAAUUCGUAACCAACAAUAAUUUCACUAUUGUCAUCAACAAAGCUGGCAAGAAUAGAUUGCAUUUCAAGUGUAUUAAAGGAAACAAAUAUAAGGAUAGCCGAAAACUGGUUGAUUUAGAGCGACAGAAACUUGCUUUCACUGGCCGAAAUGAAUAUCCCUACCUUCUGAGACUCUCUAAUCUCAAAAAUGAAGGAUUUGAACUUCGUCCUGCCAGAAGUGAAGAGGAAACUUUGCACAACCAUCCCUUGGAUGAAGCCAAUUUGCUGAGUACACAUAAAGGUCGCCACAGUAACUUAGAAGUUGAAGAGACUAGAACUAUUAGCAUUGGAAUCGGUCAAAAUUCCAAAACUCGUGAUAUCCAAAAGUCAAUUAGUAUUGGGAAUAAAUACAACAAAGUAACUGUCCACUAUGUAAACAACCUCAAAUAUUUCGCCAAAAAGCCAGAAGCCGUAUCCAAAGCUUCUGAAACAGAAGCAACCAGAUUGGUUGAGGCAAUGGAGAGCAAAAACUUUGUUGCCUAUCAAUUUAAUGCAGUUAAGUUUUUGAACGGUAUCUACUUACCAACAAAGCAAUGA